AAAGAGAGAAGCGUCCUUCAAAUCAAAUCUCGAUUUCGACGCAUGAUGACGGCGAAUGGACUCCCUCUCACCGUCGAAUUCGGGGGUGGGGCAGAACUGCUGUUCGACGGUAGGAAGCGGCACGAAGUGGACUUACCUGGCGAGGAAUGGACGCUGAAGCGGCUGCUGGGCUGGCUGCGGGAUAACCUCUUGACGGAGCGGCCGGAACUCUUUAUGCAGGGUGACACAGUGAGGCCGGGCAUUCUGGUUCUGGUAAAUGACGCCGACUGGGAAUUGCUGGUGAGUUUUACGCAUAGCGUCUGUAAGACCCUGGUGAAGUCAGGAACCGGGAUGGGCGACUGAUGGGACGAUGCUCGGACAAAUAACGCUUACUCUUAUUUUAGCAGUCUCUAUUUCGAAUAUGUGCUUUCGCCGGUGUUACAAUUGCUAAUGGCCUCAGGGCCUGUUCCCGCGUUUUCGUGUCUCUCUCCCUCUUGCGCUCUUAUCCUAUCAUAGCUCGAGCCGUACGCGGUAUAUCUACGCGACCAAUGACAGGCGAGGUUGCCGCUGUGCGCGCCACCUCGCUGUAUAACCUAUAGCGUUUUCUUACACGUCUGUUUCAGCCAUUGCGCACUUCUCCUUGGAUAUCACACAGAUAUUUGAGCA